AUGGCUGAUCACCAAGUCGCCACAUAUGAAACAGAUGAUUCCGAUUACAAUCUUAGGGAAAAACGUUCCGAACGUUGGAGAGAUGCUUGGGAUGAUCGGGUUUGUCGCAACUCAUUGCUGGCUGUUCAUCAGCAUCUCUACCGUGACGAGUAUCGCAUAACAAAGGAAGCGAAGAAAUAUCAAGAAUUUUUUGUUAAGGAGGAUUUGAACAGCGUGCGAGAAAAUUUUCAGGUCUUGGUUAACUACUGUGCAGAUGACAAUCUUAUAUGUUCUCAAAUUUUCAAAAAAUUGUGGCCGGAGUUCCAGAAAAGGUUCCCUCAUCCUGCAACGUUGUAUGGGAUACUCAACAUAGGAAAUGCAUACCUACCCAUCAAUGAGAACUGGGAGCGUUUCUUCAAGAAAAAUGAGAAGAUUAGUGAUGAGACAAAGGAGGCUGGUGCUCGUGCUUUGAUUGCAUCUGCUAAGGAUAUCAUGACUAUUCUCAAACCGAAUUCUGAUGGAGUUGUUAUGGAUGCAUGGCUGUUUGAUGCUGAUUGGUCCUACAAGGGCAACAAAGAAUUCCCAGAGUGGUUCUACAAACUAUUUUCCAAACGUGGAAAUGUAUAUCUUGACUUUACCUCGUUAUCAUGUGAAGAUGUUAUUAUGAAAAGCACUCUUGCUCCAUUAAUUUUUGAAACUGACUCUGAUGAGCACGACUCUUUGUUCAAAACACCACAGCAGCUCGAACACAUCUGUAAAGUGAUUGCUGAAAAUAAAAUUCAAUUUGGAGACAUUACUCCUGUUGGAAGAACGCACAAAUUUGGAUCUUUUCUCUUCUAUCAACUUUCACAUCCGGUGAAUGAUAUAGAUUAUCGUCUUGAAGUUUGCAUAAUAGAAGAUUUGCAUAGAAAAAUUAUUUGUUCAUGGCUAAUUCGCAAUAUCCAAGCUAAUUUAGCAUAAGU